GAGUGGUGUUCACACCCUGAUCACGUGUUUGUCACGUGACUACUACAUGUGUAUAUAUUACCCUGCCACAGCUGUAUCUUUCUACAUUCAACUCAAGACAUUCUUCGUCGACCCAUCUACAGACUCAGCAAGCCAGCACCAUGAACUCCGUCAUUAUCUUGGUAGCAUGCCUGGUGGCGGCCGCUGUCGCCGAGCCUAUUGGCUACAGUAAGGGUCUUUACGGUGGAUUUGGAGGAUUAGGAGGAGGAUUGGGAUAUGGUGGAUUUGGAGGAUACGGAUUAGGCCUUGGAGGACUUGGAGGACUUGGAGGAUACGGAGGAUUCGGAGGACUUGGAGGAUACGGUGGACUUGGAGGAUACGGAGGAUUCGGAGGAUACGGAGGAUUCGGAGGACUUGGAGGACUUGGAGGACUAGGAUACGGAGGACUUGGAGGAUUCGGAGGAAUUGGAGGAUACGGAGGACUUGGAUACGGAGGUCUUGGAGGACUCGGAGGGUUUGGAGGAAUCGGAGGUUUUGGAAAAUAUAGACAUUAUUAAUCUAACAACCUGACGAUGUUGAUAAAGACGAUGAACGUGCACCACCAGACACGUUUGUAUAUAUAGCCUUCUGAAUGUAUGAACUGUGAGACGUCGACCUUGAAUAAAGCGCGCAUGCAACAUGAAA